AUGAACAUCCGGGAACCGGAUGCAAGACGGCGAUGUGUUUGCAUUAGGUACAAAGUAGUCCCUAAGAGGCUGAAGGUUUUACUCUCCCACCACAGAGCUUCUGCUUCUUUUGUUGCCGCUGUCUCUAGCACAAAGAGAGCUGCUGAUUCUGUUGUCCAAGAAGUAGCUGUUGCUGCUGCCAUUGUUGUGGGAUGGCCGCCUAUAAGGGCUUAUAGGAUGAACAACUUGGCUAACCAGGCAAAAACUCUGACCUCUGAAGAAGAUGAGACAUGCGAGGAUGAUAAAUUGAAGGAUAUUUCAAAGAAAAAAGUGUACAAUGGUAGCAAUAAGAACAACACUACUGCUAUGGAAAAAGGACAUCUUGGGUUUGUUGAGGUUAACAUGGAUGGAUUGCCAAUAGGGAGGAAAGUGGAUCCAAAUGCUCAUGCUUGCUAUGAGACUUUAGCCCAAGCACUGGAGGACAUAGAAAGUGAGCAAGCAAGAAUGGCCUCCAAGCUUUUAAAUGGAUCAUCUGAAUUUGUGCUCACUUAUGAAGAUAAGGAGGCACCUUUCAUUUCAUUCUAA